AUGCCCACUUGGGCACCAGCAAGCUGGGGUCUCCUGUGGAUUCCACUCACCCUUUUACUCCUCUUGCUCAGGGAGCCUGCCUGCCAGAGGAUACAGGACUACCCCAGCUGUCCAGGACCCAGGGAACUGGAUGCCAGCAAAUUUGUCCUCCUCCCAGGAAGUCCUGGGGAGAUGGGAGCUCCAGGUCCUCAAGGACAACUUGGACCACCGGGCAAGAUGGGCCCCAAGGGUGAGAGCCUGUACUCAGACCUCAGAGCCAACACUCAGUCUUUCGAUGGGGCAGGCGAUCCAGUAAACCUGCUCUGGUGCCAGGAGGGCCACAGGAGCUGCCAGGAGUUGCUGAGCCAGGGCACCACCUUGAGCGGCCAGAACCAUCAGUGCCUACCUGCAGGCAGAGUCCUUCCAGUCUUUUGUGAUAUGGACACCCCAGGGGGUGGUGGGCUGGUGAGACAAGAGCGGAAACAGGGNNNNGUGGAUUUCUUCCACUCUUGGUCCUCCUAUAAAGCAGGUUUUGGGAGCCAGGAGUCCAAAUUCUGGCCAGGGAAUGAGAAUUUGCACCAGCUGACUCUCUAAGGUACCUGGGAACUGCAGAUUGAGCUGGAGGAUUUCAAUGGCAACCGUACCUUUUACCUCCAUGGGGAGGCAGAUCACUACCAGCUGGUGCAGGGCAAGUUCUCAGGAGGCAGGUAAAUGACCCUAAGGUGGGGCUCUGGACAGACGCUGAGUUACCACAAUGGGAAGUCCUUUACCACCUAUGACAAUGACCAUGAUAUAAGUAGGAGCAACUGCGUGGUGACUGUCCAUGGUGCCUGGUGGUACGGAUCCUGCUAUCAAUCCAAUCUCAAUGGGUGCUAUGCAAUGUACCAGACCACUGCCCACAAGUAUGGCAUUGACUGGGUCUAAGGCCUCGGCAUGGCCCACCCUUACCACAGAGUUGCAUGA